UGAGCCCCACGAGGGGACUCUUCCCUUCCUUCCGUGCUGCCUGGCCACCAGGGCUUCGCUCCUUACCUUGGGACUGCUCCCCGAGGUGUGGAUCUUCACACAGAAGGGGCUUCUUUCCUGACGGCUCUUAGCCCCAGAAAGCCAUGGCUAACAAAGCAGAUGAAUUCUCGGGCGGACCUAGACCGAGUCCUAGACCACACAAGCGGAGGAGCACUAUGUCCCUGAUGUCAGUGCCGGAGGAAGGAGAGGGCCACUCCCUUUGGAAGGACUCCACCAAGACCCAGGGAGAUGAUGCUUCUGCCAGCCGCGUUGCCCCUGAAGAGACAGUGCAAAGUGAUCCCACCACAGUGAGAGGCUCCUUGGCCACAAGCAUGGCAGCCGGCAGCGUCCCCUUCUAUCCACUGGCUUCUCCACCCGAGGCCUCCACUGGUCCCAGCCAAGGGGGGCUGCUUCUCCAGGCCAGUGGGGACCCCUUUGGGGCAGGAUUCGUGAGCAGUGGCCCCUCUGCACGUGACCCUGAAGUUCCUGCCAUGCCCAUGGUGGCGGUGGUGCCUGAUCCAUUUCCACAGAGUAUUGAGGAAAUCAACGUUGGUAUCAAACAUCAGCUCAUGAAGGAAGUUCGACAGUUUGGACGAAAAUACGAAAAGAUCUUCAAGUUGCUUGAAGAAGUGCGAGGCCCUGCGGAAGUCAAGAAGCAGUUUGUUGAGUUUACCAUCAAGGAAGCAGCAAGAUUUAAACGCCGUGACUUAAUUAAGCACCUUGAGAAGAUCCUGGAGAAAACGGGUUCUGGCAACUAAGGUAUCAGACCUGAACACAAUCCUGUUCUCACGAUGAUCGGAUAGAAACCAGAACCCAUUCGCUGUGCUUGAGAACGCAGCAAGAUGUCACUGAAGCCUCGUGGCCUGUGUUGCUUAGGACACUUGCCUUCCAGAGGCUGAGUCGAAGGGGCGGAGCAUUUUGAUGUUAUGAAUUUCUAUUAGUAAAAGUUGGCUUUUGCCCUCAUUGUUUGGAAAGAGUCCUUUUUUUGUCACU